AUGGACGCCCUGGCCGAAGACUGCCAACGAGAAGUAGAGGCAGCGACCGAGCGAAUCAAAAGAGACUUGGAAGCGAGUACAGUGGACUGCCACGCGAUCUUGGAGCCUCUGGAGCCGCCACCUCUCCCGCCAAAAGCGGAGGGUGAAGAGGCAGAGGAGGAUGAGGCUAAGCUGCUGGACGAACUUGAGGAUCUCCCCAUGGACGGUACCAUCGAUCCGGCGAAAGCCAAGGCGGUCGCUGCCGAGAACGCCGCACGCAAGGCCCUGCGGGCUUUGGGCGAGCGCACGGAGGGCGAGGUGAGGGGCAUCCUCUCGGCCUUGGAGGCCGCGACUCUUCUCCGACGGCGUCGCAUCGAGGAGUUUGCGGGACCCAGCGGCGAGCUGGCUCGCAUCGACGAUCUGCGGAAGUCCAGCGUGGAGGAACUCCUCAAAACACUGGUAGAGGCUUUGACAGCUGCGGCUCAUGUUGUUCAUGGUGAAGCUGAGCGAUUGAUCGAAGAGCGUGCCCUCUCCUUCAACGAGAUCUUGCUCGAAAACCGGAAAGCCAUGCAACAACUGGGUGCCAAGCUUACGGUCCAGACGCUGGAGCAUAGCAAAGAAUACAAGGUGCGGUGGCACAAAGGAUUGCUACUUUGGAAGCAGCAAAGGCACCGGCACAGCAUGGCUGUCGUCAUGCGCCGCAUCAAGAGCACUGAGUUCAGACAGCCUGAGUCCUUGGUUGAGGCCGUCGGAAAAGUACGUGAACACCAGGCUUUCGUCUUCCGACAGCGGAAAGAUCUUAUCGAUGAGCUCUUCGCAAUCCCACAGCAUCGACUGGUGGUAGCUCUUGUGCGGCACACAGAGGAGCAAAACACGCAGCUCAAUGAUCGAGCCCAAGAGACCUUUGACACGUUGCUGGUGGAGCUCAGGGAGCUCAGAGAAGCUCUGAACGUCUCAGCAGAACAGAUGCUUGGGGAGCUUGGGCUGGAACUCGAGCUGCAUGAUGCCAGACAGGAGUGGAAGGGCCAUGAUUCUGUGGCCAACCUCAUCGACGCCGAGGUCAGACCGCCAUUGCGUGAGUGCCUGGAUCAGGUUGCGGCACUCUUGCACGCCCUGUCCAACAAGCUGACACAGCAAGAGGAGGCACUGCACCAGUCUGUCACUUCGGUCAUCACCUUCUUCCUCGGAUUGGCUCGUAAGCAAGAGCUUCUGAAGAAGAGAGUGGAAGAGUUCGAGGUGAACUACAACGGCGAGGUAGAGGAUUGCGAAAAGGACUUUGAGGAGACUUGUGAAAGGAACGAAAAGACAAUGCAAGACCUUCACGGCGCGAUCGAUGAUGCGGCACAUCACGAAACCUUGGAUGAAUUGAAGCAGCAGACCUUCGACCAUCUGGACCAAAUGGCCGUGGGCUACCGAGACCACGCGGACCAGAUGCUGCAAAUCCACAACCGCUACCCAGGUGAGGCGCAGGAUUUGAUUCGCAGAGAAACUCGCGGUUACUGCAAGGACCUUGGCUUGGCCUUGGAUCCAAGCGAAGACGCUCCGGCCUUGGCCGCCGAGCGGAAGGCGCAGGCGGCUUCCUUGGAGGAGGACGCCGUCAACAAGGCGAAGGCGGCGUUUCCCGCGGUGCCCGAUGAAGACGAGGCGGCCAAGGCCACGCGCUUGGAGGCCUUGGCGGCUGCGGUGGAAGCGGCCAAGGCAGAAGUGCAUCAGGCUGCAGAGGCGAAGGAGGCUGCCGCGCUGGAAGAAGAGGCCCAAAGCUUUGCUGGGCUGGAAGAGAAGAGCAGCUGGCCGCUUGGAGAAGGCACAGGCUGCAAGGUGCUGGAGAAGUGGGUCCUUGAGGAUCUUCGACAGCAGAUCUUGCAGCCACCAGAGAGCCAGGGCCAGCAAGAGGAGACGCCGGCCGCGGAAGCGGAUGGCCCGGAAGGCGAGUCGGAGGUCCUUGAGGAGCCGAAGUUUGCAGACGGCACGGAAGCCCUGGACACCUUGGCUUUCGACAACGACUGGUUCGAGGAGAACCUCUCAUCACUGCGAAGCGCCAUCUUCGAAAACCUUGUCGGUCAAAAGCGCUACCUGGACCGUGUGGACAUCCCAGCAGCCUGUGAAGAGGUGCGUCGUGAUCUAGACCAACGACUUCGCCGGCACACCAACCGAAAGGGCGAAGUGCAGGUGGAUUGGUAUGUGCCGCGCUACAGCACUGUGUCCAAGCACAAGGACAAGUUCGAAAGACAUCUGGUGGCGGUGGCACAGAAGUGCCAAGAGCAAGAUGAUGCGGUUGAAUUUGCACUUCAAAAGAUCGAUGAAGCAGAAGAACAGUACAAGCAGCGUGUCGCCAAGAUUCAGGAAGGUUUGGGCGAUGCCGAGACCCUGCCAGUGCUGACUUCCAUGGAGCGGCAGGUGGUGGAUUGCAUGGUUCGCUUCCGGGAGCUCUGCCAGACGACGGUCCAGGGAAGGCUCCUGGAGCUCAGCUCCAAAGCUCCGCAGGGACUGCAGAAGGAGAACCAGGCCUUUCUGAUGAUGUGCCAAAAGGGUGAGGAGCAGUACAGCGAGCCGGAGAUCGUGUAUUAUGGAGGGGAGAUUGAAGAGCUCAACCAGACACUGGAUGAACGCAAGCAAGAGAGGGCGCAGCGGGCGCAGGAGCUGGAAAGCCAGAUCCAGGAGAAAUGCAAAGUGCCCAUGGAUGCUUUUGCGGUGGCCUACGCCACUGCUGUUGAGACCCUCUGUGCCAGCAAAGGCUUUGGGCGGAAGUACGGCGAGCCGCGGCGGAAAGCCCAGGAGCGUGUACGCACGCUCAUUGCAAGGGCCUCCACGGUUCGCUCCAACAUCCAGUUGCUUCUGGACUAUGUAUCGCAGCUCUUAAUGCUGCCUCCUCCGGAGGAGGGAGGAUACGAGGUGACAGCCAUGCCCAAGGUUCCUCGCAUCAUGAGCGUGAGGCACUUCUUCUCACGUGGUGGCGAGCCCUGGACGUUCACCGGUGAGUUGUUGGGCAUUCUGUACGUUGCCGUCUGCGCCAUGGCAGAGCUCGGCAGCCACUUGGGUGCCUUCCGGGAAAGCAGUGCUUCCAAGUACGAGUUGGCAGCAGUUCCAAGCCUUUCCAUCUUGAGGGAGGACAUGUGUUUCUUGCCGUCUGCAGAGGAGCAGAAGGAGGUCCACCGCAAAGCCGAGGAAGCGAAAGACUUGAGUGACGCAGUGCCGGUCGAGCAGAGAGAGGAAGCACAGCAUGCUGUGCAGCUGUCUCGAUCAAUGGAGGCAUCGCAGGCGUUGAGAGACGACUCAUUGCUUCGGGUGCUCGGGCCUCUCAUGAAGAGCGAGAGAUUCAACAACGAAAUCCAAUCCGUCAUCAAGUCGUCUAAUGAGGCUUACGCUGGUCAGGCUGGUGGCACUCCCGAUUUCAUGCAGAAGUUCCUCUCGGACAUGCAGGUGUCGUGCGAGCAUGCCAGGCAGGAAGCCUCCAGAGGCUUGCGGACCUGGGGCGAUGAGCUCCGAGAGGAAACGCUCCUGGGGUUGGGGGAGAAGCUCUUCCUGGAGCUCACUGAGAGGGCGCUUGCCGAGCUCACGAAGUCCACGCGGGACGCGCACGAAGCGACCGUGCAGACCUGGAAGGAGUUUGGCAGAAAAAGGGCAAUCCAUGAGCAGCGCCUGAAUCCACGCUUGGCCGACGCCAACAAAGAGACUGAACUUCAAGAACUGGUCGAUGCAGAAGCACAGCGUCAUGCGGAUGCUUUGCAGACCUGCAAAGAGGACCGGGAAAGGAUGGCUGCGUCACUACGGGCUGCAUGCGAUCAUUUCGUAGGCCGUCUGACCAACAUCGCUGAAGUGUCCAUACGACUUCUUGACCUCCUGCCGCUCCACAGUCACUUCGGGGCCUUGCCGGGAGACGAGAAGGUGGAGCCUCCGCGCAUGUCCAUCAAGCGCCGGCUGCGGCGCCUGAAUGCCGAGGAGAAGGUCCCAGAGGCCCCGAACCCGAAGGCAGCGGCCAAGGGCAAAGCGGAGCCAAAGGCCGCCGCGGCCGCGGCCGAGGAAAAGCCGCCCAGUGGUUUGCCAGAGAGGAAGUGGAUCGGCCUUCCCAAGUACGAGCUGCGGGCAUUGCUCUGUGGCGGUGGCUGGCCGGCAGACCCAGUUCUCAUGGAGGAGGAGACCAUCGACGAGCAGAAGGUGCAAGAGCUCACCGAACCGAUGAGUUCUUUUCGGUCGCCGGUUCACCGAAGCAUCGUUGAUGGCCGACUUCAGUUCUAUGAGCGCUACAAGAAGCAGUUUACAGCAGAGGUUUCCCGGUGGAAUGCAGAGAUGUCGGCAAGAGAAGCCAAAGAAGAGGCUGGCGAAAAGAACUGGCAGUCCAUGAUUCGGCAACUGCGGGGUGAGUGA